AUGUUCCAGCUAACAGCCACCCCGGCCAGCGCCCUUUCUGAUGAGCCUGUGCACAUCCGAGCGACAGGCCUGCCUCCGCUGCAGCCGGUGACCCUCAAAGCAUCCCUGAAGGAUGAGAAGGGAAACCUCUACCAGUCCAAGGCCUUCUACCAGGCUGACGAGGCCGGUGAGCUGGACCUGCAGCGGGCUCCUUCCGUGGGAGGCGACUACGUGGGGGUCCACCCCAUGGGCCUCUUCUGGUCUCUGAAGCCUGAGAGGCCCUUUGGGAGGCUGCUGAAGAGGGAUGUGAACAGCCCCUUCUUGGUCACGCUGGACCUGUACGACUCCGUUUGCUCCCAAGAUCCAGCCCCGGCUCCGCCCCGGGCCAGCCAGGUGGUGCAGCGCUGGUUCCGCCGCCCGGGGACGCAGCGGGUGCCCAUCCGAGAGGGCCGCGUGCGGGGCACCCUCUUCCUCCCUCCAGGGGCAGGCCCUUUCCCAGGAAUCAUGGACUUGUUUGGGGGUGUGGGGGGUCUCAUAGAAUUCCGAGCCAGCCUGCUGGCUGCCCGUGGCUUUGCAGUCCUGGCAGUAGCGUACUUCGCCUACGAAGACCUGCCCACGCUGCUGGAGGAGAUAGACCUGGAGUAUUUUGAGGAGGCUGCCAACUUGCUACUAGCUCAUCCCAAGGUCCGAGGGCCAGGCAUCGGCGUGCUGUCUGUGAGCAAAGGCGCGGAGAUCGGGCUGGCCAUGGCCUGCUUCCUCAAGCAGGUGGCAGCCGCCGUCCUCAUCAACGGGCCUAACGCCGUCUACGACUUCCCAUUCAGGUACCGGGGUCUGGUCAUGUCCCCCAUCCCCGCGUUCCUGGAGCGCAUGCAGGUGCACGUCUCCGGGGCCGUGCGCCUCCUCCACUUCAGGGGGGACCCGCGGGAGAAGCUGAAUCAGCCGAGCGUGUUUCCUAUCGAAAAGGCCCAGGGUCAGAUCCUCUUCGUCAUAGGAGAGGAUGAUCAAUCGAUCAACAGCAAAGCGUAUGCUGAGCAGGCCCUGGAGCAGCUGAAGAGCCACGGGAGAAGCAAUGGAAGGAUGCUGGUCUACCCGGGGGCAGGCCACCUUCUAGAGCCGCCCUACGCACCCCUAUGCUAUGCUUCCCGUAUCUACUCUGUUUCCGCUUCCGCUUCCAAUAAUCGCCCCAUUUUGGGUUCCCGUAAUUACUCCAUAUCUCAGCCCCUGCUCUGGGGAGGGGAGCCUGCAGCGCAUGCUGCAGCCCAGGAGCACGCCUGGGGGGAGAUCCAGAAGUUCUUCAGGCAACACCUCACGCAAGCCAGAAGCCAGCUCUGA